AUGUAUGCCCGUCGAAAAACACCAAGUGAACGACUUCUAUCAGUAAUUCGUCCGAAAAAUUAUCAAAAUCGAUAUAAAAGUGAGAGAGGGGUUUUGAAAUGAAAAAAAAUCAUAAACAUUUUUAGAUAACUUGAUAGUUCAAAAAACUACUGUACAACUUAAUUCAAAUCGUGCACUUCCAUGCUGUAAAGAUGAAUCUGGAGGAUCAAUUUGCAAAAAUUUGAAAAGACAAGAUUCCAAAUUAUUCAUUCAGAAGUAUGUUUUACUUUGCUUUUUUCCAGAAAAAUUUUGAUUUUUUUAGAUGUCAAUUGGAGCCUGAUUUUUCACUUGUUGUUUGCUGUAACUCUUGUUCAGAAGCUGGAGUUUCUUAUAGAAAGAGAGCUGCAUCGUAAGCUUCGCUUCCACGCUUUGUUUUUCAAACAUUUCUGAUUUUUCCAGAUUCUUUGCUGAAAAUCGAAAUGCAACAAACUGUUUUGAUCGUAUGAGUCCUGGAUACUGUAGUCGUUUUGAGACUGGAGAUGAUGCUUGGAAUAAUCGAAGAUGGUCUUGUGAUACGUCACAUUUCAGAUUGGGUUUCAGAGUUUGUAGAGCGACUUGCGGUUUUUGCACUUUGGAUUGGGAACAUGCACCGGAUCCAGUUAAAUGUUUUUAA